GUGGGGCCAGCUGGUGCGGGGGCCGCGACGGAGUUUCCCUGGCGGAGUGGGCCCGGGGUUCCCGAUGACUGGCUGCGCUCCCGGCGGCCGAGGACCGGGCUGGGGCUGGCGGGGACCUUGCUGGAGGGGCGGUGCGGUUCGGAGCCCGUGCCGCGCCUUCGCAGCAGCUGCGAGCCCUGACAGCGGGUGUUCCGCAGGUGUGCAGGGGUGCGCCUUUGAGUGAGGGACUGAGGCCGGGAACGCGAGUCUCGGCCCGGACGCUUUAGCGUGGGUGGUGGGCUGAGCCCGUGCGGGGAGCCGGCUUGGUCGCCAGCGUCUGAAGGCCCUGCUGGGGCCCGAGGCCCUGAUGGCGGCGUCAGCUCAGAGGGACCUGGUGCAGGAAAAAAGAAGGGCUGCUGAUUGAACCACCCAAGUGUAACUACAGGCCAGAGCCCCAGAGAAGACCUCAUAUAAGUAGGAAAAGGUAGAUGAAGUCCUAAUGUGGGGAUUAGAAGCAGUAUAGGUUUAGGAUUGUGGACUCAAUGAGAAGACCAAGACCUUGUUGGUGUGUGUCUGAGAAGCAGAUUACUGAAGCAUUAGGGGACUGGGCGAGCACAGGUUUGGGCCCUGCACUUCAGACCCAGACUUCAGAUGGCAGCCCUCCUUUCGCCUGUCACUGCUGUGGGCUCAAACGGUGGUCAUGUGAGGCAUUUUUUUUUUAAAGCCAGUAUUAAUCUAUCCAGGGCAUAGUAUCUUCUUAGAGCUGAGAAGAGCAAAGGAACAGGAUGAGUAGGGAGUGGAGAGGGAGGCCUGAGGAUUGAGGCUGAUCAUGGAAUGAACUGUCCCCAUCACAGCAGGGCUGUGUGGCCUUCGAGGACGUGACCAUUUACUUCUCCCAGGAGGAAUGGGGACUGCUCAGUGAGGCACAGAGGCUCCUCUACUGCGAUGUGAUGCUGGAGAACUUUGCACUCAUAGCCUCUUUGGGGCUCACAUCUUUCAGGUGCCAUGUCAUUGCCCAACUCAAGAUGGGGAAAGAACCCUGGGUUCCUGACAGAGUGGGCAUGACUUCAGCUAUGGCAAGAGGAGCUUUUAGGAGGUCUGGCUCUGAGGAGAAGGAGCUACCUUCUGAGAAAAACAUUUCUAUAAAAGAAACAUCACAGAAUGAGAAUCCAAAGACACCCACGUCUAUGCAGAAGACCUACCCCUGUGACACAUUUGACCUACACUUGAAAGACAUUUUGUACCUGGCUGAACAUCAGACAACCCAUGCCAGGCAGAAGCCCUGUGUGUAUGAGGCAGUUAGGACAGGGUUCAAGUUUAACACAAACCUUUGUCAGCAACAGGUGCAAAAGAAUGAGGACAAGUCUGCCAGAGGGGAGGAGGGCAGGGUCUCUCUGGGAAAGACCUGCACAGACCACACAUUACAGAAGCCUUUCAUGUGUGGGGAGGGCAGGGAUAACUUUGUGGUCACAUCAGAUUUUGCGCAGCACCAGAUCACUCCCAGUGUGGAGGAGGCACACAAGAAUUCUGAUGGUGCAUUAAAUUUUCCCACUGCUAGGGAUACUGUCAGUGAUGCAUCCACACUUGUUCAUCAACAGAGAGUCCACAGUGGAGAGAGGCCCUAUGAAUGCAGCAAGUGUCUGAUAAUCUUUAGUGAUGCUUCUAGCCUCAAGCAACACCAGAGAGUUCACAGUAGCAAGUCUUAUGAGUGCUGUGAGUGUGGGAAAUUUUUUAGCCGGCACUUCUGUCUUGUGGAACAUCAGAGAAUUCACACUGGUGAAAAGCCAUAUGAGUGCAGUGAAUGUGGGAAGUUCUUUAGUCAGCACUCCAGCCUUUUUCAACACAAGAGGAUUCAUACUGGAAGACGUGCUCAUGAGUGCAGGGAAUGUGGGAAAUUCUUCAUCUGCAACUCCAGCUUAAUUAAGCAUGGGAGAGUUCACACAGGAGAAAGACCUUAUAAAUGCAAGGAAUGCGGAAAAUCAUUUAGGCAGAUUUCCAAUCUCACCCAGCAUCAGAGAGUUCACACUGGAGAACAACCUUUUGAGUGUGAGAAAUGUGGGAAAGUCUUCAGCCGAAGCUCCAAUCUCAUGAACCAUCAGAGAGUUCACACUGGUGAAAGGCCUUACAAGUGCACUGAAUGUGGGAAGAUGUUCAGCCAAAUCUCCCACCUCAGGAUCCAUCAGAGACUCCACACUGGUGAACGGCCUUACCAGUGCAGUGAAUGUGGAAAAUACUUUAAUCAAAGUUCCAGCCUUAAAGCCCAUCAGAGGUUUCACACUAAUGAACGACCUUAUGAAUGCAGUGAAUGUGGGAAAGCCUUUAAACAAAGCUCAAAUCUGAGGCAGCAUCAAGUAGUUCACAAACCAGACAGGCCUUAUAAGUGCAGUGAAUGUGGGAAAGCCUUCACCCAAAACUCCACUCUCAAUAAUCAUCGCAGGCUUCACACUGGUGAACGGCCUUAUGAGUGUAGAGAAUGUGGGAAAACCUUCAGACAAAGGUCUAAUUUGAGUGAGCACCAGAUAGUUCACAAACCAGACAGGCCUUAUAAGUGCAGUGAAUGUGGCAAAGCCUUCAGCCAAAAGCGCACCCUCAUUCAACAUCAAAAAAUUCACACCAGAGAAAGGAAUGUAGAGAAUAUGCACCUGGCUUGUUGAACACAGCUGCACAUAGCAGAGAAAGAGUGUGUGUGUGUUACAGUGGGUUUAAUGGAGUGUCAGCCAUGUGGUCACAUGGAGGAGAUUCCUUAUGAAAGUAUGUGAUGGGUGGUUUCAGGACCAAAGUCAUAGUUGUCCAUUUUAUCACUGCUAAAGUUUGGGAUAGAAACUAUCUCAACUUGGCCCACCAGCAGGUCUCCAGAGCAUGUGUCACACACUCCACCAUCUCAGGGAAAGCAGCACUUUGUUUUCUUUCUAGUCCCUGAAUGGAACGUGAUGUACUAAGGUCAUAGAAAGAUGUUCCCUUGUACAUGACUAUUUUUUAGCUAUGGAUGUGACCUGUUUGGAGCCAUGAUGAUCUAAAUGGAGUUCUACUGUCAUUGAGAUGGUUUCUUUUUGGGGGGAUAUUCAGUGGUCUAAUGUGAUGGAUUUAUGUGACCAGACCCAAAUACCUAAAAUACAUCGGUCAGUUCCUGUUAUAUGAGGAGCCUUACUGAUUAAAGCAUGUUUUAUCUUCCUUCUGAUCACUGUGAGAGUAGUUCGAACAGAGGACAGAGCUAAGUAAGGUCUAUUAAUGAACAGCUCCAAAUUGUAUGUGCUUCAGAAGUGACAGUAGGAUAGCAGAAAACAGCUUUCAGCCCAGAUUUGGCCUUAGAAUAAUGGCUAAGUAGGGCUUUCUAGGAAAGACUGUCUUGCUUUUUGGGUCUGUAUUGAAGUCCUGAAUGCUAUGAAUUUUCAUGGCCCAAAUGGCGUGAAUUCUAAUCCUAAGAGGUAGCAGUUGUGGCUACCUCCAGGGCAUCUGAGAGCAAUGUCAACUGGGUCCCUUACCUCUAGCAGUGAUGGCAAGCCUUUUAGAAAUCCAUGUGCCCAAGCUGCAACCCAAAGCCCACUUGUUUAUCAUAAAAUGCCAGCACUCUAAAUUGAACCUGAAUGUGCAACUGCUGGUGCAGUGCUGGGGGCACUUGGUUUGGGUGCCAACAGAGAGGGCUCUGCAUGCCCACCAUGGAGUACAUGCCAUAGGUUCAUCACAACUGUCCUAAUUGCUUUUCAUCUGUUACCUGCCAAGGAGUCAUAAUGCUGUGAAUUUCUGCAUUUGUUAUACAGAUGUAUUUACCUUUAAGACCUGGUAAGUCCCGAAGAGUCCAUAAUUUGUACAGAAACACACAGUGUGACUAUAGAGAGUGGGUGAGACUGUGGGGAUGGAACUGUUCUAAAAACGUAUCCUCAAGUGUUCCUUUGGAUGUCACUGUGUAGAAUUGAGGACUUGUAUCUAGAUGUUCCCCCCAAAGGCUCAUGUGGUCAUAGGUGGGAAGUUAUGAAGGUGGCUGGAUUAGUGUGUGUGAAUGUGGAUUCAAGGUGUGAUGUUGGGGUUAAGGGUGUCACCAAUCAAUAGGCUUAUAGUGUGGGUGAACUAUGAAAGCAGAAUUGUUGCUGCUGCUGCUGCUGCUGCUUCUGAUUUGCUGCCUCCUGCCUGCUUACCAUGGACUGUUUCUUAUCAGUGAUGCGCCUCUUCCAUACUGCCUUGCCUUGGAGCGAGCCAACUGUGGACAGAAACCUCUACAAGCUGACUUGAAAUAAACCUUUUCUCCUUUAA